GGUCUCCACCCCCGUUAUGGAAUGAUUGCUGGAAAGCCUGGAUGAAGAGGAUUGUGUCCCGUUAUUUCAUAUAAAGACGUGACGUUGCUCUCCUCUCGCGUUGAUCAAGUUCAAGAUGCCGGUGGAUAUUUCACAGUGGUCUGGAUCAUUGGCCCUCACUGAAGUAGAGGAGCAACCAGCACACCCACUGAGUGUUAGUUACGGCUCCUUGGCCAUAGAGGAGCUAGGGCAAGUGCUGACACCCACCCAGGUUCAAAAUCGCCCAACCAGUAUUGACUGGGAUGGAUUGGAUAGUAACAAGUUAUACACUCUAGUUCUCACAGAUCCUGAUGCACCAAGUAGAAAGAAUCCUAAAUUCAGAGAGUGGCAUCACUUCGUUGUAGUGAACAUAAAAGGAAAUGAUAUCGCCAGUGGCUGUGUAAUGUCUGACUAUAUUGGCUCAGGACCUCCCAAAGGAACUGGUCUACAUCGUUAUGUCUGGCUGGUAUAUGAGCAGUCUGAGACACUGAAAUGUGAUGAACGAGUUCUUACCAACCGCUCUGGAGAGCACAGAGGGAAGUUUAAGGUAGCGUCUUUCCGUGAGAAAUACAAGCUAGGAAGGCCCGUCGCAGGCACUUGCUAUCAAGCUGAGUGGGAUGAUUAUGUCCCCAAACUGAAUGAACAGCUGGGAUAAAAAACUACAAUCUUCCCCUCCUUAAGCAUUCAACAAAAUGCACUUGUAUUUUUUUUUUGUCCUAUCUUCAGUCUUUAUAGAAGUAAAUAUUAUCAAUUGCAAACUUUAUGGAAACUAGUACACUGGAAAUUACCAUCAUUCUAAGCUAAAAAUGAAAUGUAUCCUUUAUAGCCACAAUUAUUAUUAAUUGCACUAGUUAUGCAAACUUUAUAAACCAUUAAUGUGAUACGUUUUGUAUGGUGUGUUUUUUGUUUUUUUUGUUUUUUUUUAACACAAUACAUUUGUAUUAUAUUGAAAGGGCAACACUUUUUUGAAGUUUCUGAUUUGAGGAAACCUUGUUCCUUCUAAUGUAAACUAUAUUAAAAAUAUCUGAUGGGCCUAUUUUACACAUACUGUAUUAAAUAUAAUGGAGAGAUUAGUUCUUCUGAAUGAGACAUUGAACAGUGUUGUAAUGGAUAAUGCAACAUUGAUUUUCUUUGCUAGUUUAAAAAUUUGUUGCAAAUAUAGCGUUUCACUUUUUUUGCUCUAUUACAAUAUGUAUAUGAUUUCCCUUCAUUUAAUACUUCAAUAAAAGUAAUUUUAAAAAAUA